CAAGGUUGCGUGGCGGUAAACCAAAUGUGGCGGAUCAAGUGUUUCGACUGAAGGUUGGCGUACAUUAUUUUGUUACUUGAUUGGAAUUUCCAGUCUCUUCGAGAAGUACGCUUGAAGGAUUGAUUUAGUAAGGAUGGAAACCUAUGAUGUGAAAUCAAGCCAGUGUCAUGUUGGGAUUUUGUUCUGCAGUGAAUGCAACAACAUGUUGUAUCCUAAAGAGGAUAAACGUACAAAAACAUUAUACUACGCAUGUCGUAACUGUGAUUAUUCCCAGGAAGCAGACAAUCCCUGUGUUUAUAUCAACAAACUCGAACAGGAAGUUGAUGAAUUGGCUUUAAUUGUACCGGAUGUUGUUCAUGAUCCAACACUGCCUCGAACAGAAGAUCAUAUAUGUCGUCGAUGCGGUAAACAAGAAGCUGUAUUUUUUCAAUCACAGACAUUGAAAGCGGAAGAAAAUAUGCGUUUAUAUUAUGUUUGUACCAAUGUUGAAUGUUUACAUAAAUGGACUGAAUAGAUAAUGUAUAUAUAAGUAUUAUGAAAGAACGUCCUGAAUAAGAACUAAACUUGUAAAAAAACGUAUUACAAAAGUUUUGAAUUUGAGUCAUUUACAUAGAA